AAUGACAGAAAGACUAUCGAAGAUAAUCGCGGAGAGGAGCUGGAAUGCUACUGCUUUGCGGAUUGCAGAAACAUUUACACGUUGUUUUCUAUAAGCACCCAACUCUAGUGCUUGGAUUCAGCAGGAUCUAAAUAAAGGUACGCAAUCCUGAGACAUGUCGGAGGACCUGAGCUCCCAACCCUGGUCCAUCAACAAGGAUGACUAUGAGCUGCAGGAGGUGAUCGGAAGCGGAGCUACAGCUGUGGUCCAGGCUGCCUACUGUGUGCCCAGGAAGGAGAAGGUCGCCAUCAAACGCAUCAAUCUGGAAAAAUGCCAGACCAGCAUGGAUGAGCUCCUGAAAGAGAUUCAGGCGAUGAGUCAGUGUCACCAUCCCAACAUUGUGUCGUAUUACACCUCGUUCGUGGUGAAGGAUGAGCUGUGGUUGGUCAUGAAGCUGCUCAGUGGUGGCUCUGUGUUGGAUGUUAUAAAGCACAUCAUUUCAAAGGGGGAACACAAGAACGGUGUACUGGAUGAACCCAGUAUAGCUACUGUGCUGAAAGAGGUCCUUCAGGGUCUUGAGUACCUUCACAAAAAUGGACAGAUCCACAGGGAUCUCAAAGCUGGAAACAUCCUGCUGGGGGAGGACGGAUCAGUGCAAAUCGCAGAUUUCGGUGUAAGUGCCUUCUUAGCCACUGGUGGUGACAUGACUCGAAAUAAAGUGCGGAAGACGUUUGUGGGAACGCCAUGUUGGAUGGCUCCAGAAGUGAUGGAGCAGGUGAAAGGUUACGACUUCAAAGCAGACAUCUGGAGUUUUGGGAUCACAGCCAUCGAGCUGGCCACAGGCGCCGCUCCUUACCACAAAUACCCUCCUAUGAAGGUGUUGAUGUUGACCCUGCAGAAUGAUCCGCCUUGCCUUGAGACUGGAAUCACAGAUAAAGAGAUGUUGAAGAAAUAUGGGAAAUCCUUGAGGAAAAUGAUCUCGUUGUGUUUGCAGAAGGAACCAGAGAAAAGGCCAACAUCAUUAGAACUCUUAAAACAUAAAUUCUUCCAGAAAGCCAAGAAUAAUGAAUUUCUGCAGGAGAAAUUAUUACAGAGAGCACCUACAAUUAUAGAGAGAGCGAGAAAGGUUCGGCGAGUUCCUGGCUCCAGUGGGAGACUCCAUAAAACAGAAGAUGGAGAAUGGGAAUGGAGCGAUGAUGAACUGGAUGAGGAGAGCGAGGAGGGCAAAGCCGCUGUUGCUGCCUUGCGGUCACCAAGAGUAAAAGAAGGACUCCAGGACACAGAGGUUUGUAAACCAUGAGGAACCUUUCCAAAUACCAUAUUAAUGAACUAUUCUUAUGAUUCCUGCUCUGCCGGCCAGGGCCCGGCCAACCCUCAACACACUGCCCCAAGUACAACCCCGACCCCGGCUGCGAACCCUGCACAGGCCCCAGUUCCUGGCGAUGCCUCACCAUCCCCCAUCAGUUUAGUAUUAAGGUUAAGAAAUUUGAAAAAGGAACUGAAUGACAUACGAUUUGAGUUCAUGCCUGGCAGAGACACAGCAGAUGGGGUUUCUCAGGAGCUGGUAUCGGCUGGCUUGGUAGAUGGGAGAGAUUUAGUUAUAGUGGCUGCUAAUUUGCAGAAGAUAGUCGAAGAGCCUCAUUCCAAUAAAAAUGUCACAUUUAAACUGGCCUCUGGCAUUGAGGGCUCUGAGAUUCCUGACGAUGUCAAACUCUUGGGAUUUGCUCAGCUCAGCAUUAGCUAAACUUUGGCUCUGUGCAGGACCGUGACUUGCCUACAAAUGUGAAAGCAAACCAACACUACCGACCGAAUGACACAUUUAUGUAUUUUUUCUUCUUUCAAUUGCCCUAAAGAAACCACUGUUGCCAAAGAGAAAGAUACCAUAGCGCCAGCCCAUAGGAUUUCAAACAGCCCAACGGAAGAGUUGCACAAACAUGCGAAUGAUCAGAAUUUGUAGGAGUCGAUUAAAAUAAAGUUUAGGAUUUAUUUGUAUAAGGAUGCAAUUAUCAUAACCAGAUAUAACCUUAAUAUUCUUUUAAUGUUUCUUUCUUUCUUUUUUCUACAUUUGCCCUAGUUUUGCACAAUCUGAACUGACAACCUAAAAAUGAACAAUGCAAAAAUGCCUCCAAUAUAACUACUGAGUGCAUAAAAGAGGAGCGAAACUCAAAGAAACAUGGAGUUUAUAGAGGAAGUAAAUGGGUUUAGCUAUAGUUAUAGCUUUAUUUUUUAACCUAUAUUUUUUCUAUGCUUUUGAAGAGAAGCAGCUAAGCAUGUUUUAUCCCACAGCUUGCAUUAUUUACUUCAGUUUAAACCAGCUUGUUGAACAUUUACAGCAUCUGGUUUUGAAAUUUCUACUUCUGGUUGUUGCACUCGUUUACUUUCUCUGCUGUUAUACUCGGAGCUUGAUUUCUUCAUUGUACACGGACUAGUAUCAAUACAAACAGAAAAAUUCUCAAAUAUUUCAAAUUCUGCAGAUUAGCCGCAUAAGAUGAAAUGAUUUAUUCAUUCAGUGUCAUUGAGCCCUAAUGAACACUCCUGAAGGCUGGUUUUACUGCUUUCCCAACCUUUUUUGCUGUCUCAACUUGGCACAUUCGCAAAUGUUACUAUCCCAUGCUGCUCUAAAAGUUAUUGCCUUAAUGUUUCUACACAUUUCUACAUCACACAUAUCUCUCCUUUUUUAGAUUUUGCAUUCAUUUGUGAAUUUUGGUUUUAAUUUUUUUGACAUUAUCUGUGACUUUUCAUUUUUAUAAGUCUCUCUGUAUGUGAAAAGGUAGAAGUACCUGAGGUACCUGAUGAAAGUUUGGUGUUUGGCUUUUUCCUGCUCUGGAAUUGAACUCUUAAGUAUUCAUGUGUAUUUCUGUUGUGGAUCAACUCAAUUGAGCAUGUAAAUAAUGUAAUUUGCCAUUGGUUUGAUUUUAUAUGGGAUGUUUCACUCAUGGCCUUUGUGUUCUUCAUAAAUAAGGUGAUGGGAGGUGGUGUCAGUUACAAAAGACACAUUGUGAGUGUUGGUUUUUCUUUUUGUCUAUGAGGGUGCCUAUAAUCACACUGGGGUCUUAUGUAGCAUAAAUCUGCCUGGUGUUUUCAGCAGGUCUGUUCUGACCUGCUGAAGUUCUCAUUGAAUUUAUGAGAGGUUGUUUACUUCACCCUAGAAAUCUCAUUUAAACAUAUCACUACCUUUGUGCAAAAACAGCCUGGAAUAAUCUUAAGCAACUUAAUUAUUU